GGCAUAACACUAUAAUUCAUAAUGGUAAAGAGUCACUACGUUUGUGCUGGGCGCCUUGUGCGCAUCCUCCGUGGACCUCGCCAGGACCGUAUCGGCGUCAUUGUGGACAUCGUUGACGGCAACCGCAUCAUUGUUGAGAACCCGGAGGACAAGAAGAUGUGGCGCCACGUGCAGAACCUCCGUAAUAUUGAGCCGCUCAAGUUUUGCGUGAAGAUCUCACGCAACUGCAGCGCCAAGGCCCUGAAGGAAGCGAUGGCGUCGUCGAAGAUUCUUGAGCGCUACGCUAUGACCCGGACGGCCGUGCGUGUGGCGGCGAAGAAGGCGUUGGCCACCUCGACAGACUUUGAGCGCUACCAGCUGCUCGUGGCCCGCCGUUCACGAGCUCACUGGGCUCGUAAGGUCUUCGAUGCGGCCGACGUGAAGGAUCCCGUCUCGUGGCAUAAGGUCGCUCUCCGGAAGAUCCAGCGGAAGGCAGCCAAGAUGGACUCCACCCCCGGCGCUAAGAAGCGCAUGCAGAAGGCCAUCGCCGCACGCGCAAACAAGAAGUGAGGGAAAUCUUAAGUAUUGUCAUGCUCCACCACGGUUAUUUUUAGUUAACUCAUUUUUAAAAAAUAUAUAUGAAAAAAGAACAAAAA